AUGUAUACCAAAAGGCUCAUGUGUGUUGAUGAAACAUGGACUUCAUCGACGCAGUUAGUGUGUGGGAUCUGAAAUAUGAUGAAGAUGGUGUGGCACUGGCAUUGUUUUUUUUGUUUCUUCCUGUGGGGUUCUCACAUCGACACAACCACGAACCUUAAGAAUUUGAAAGAGUGUGGAAGAGAUACGGAAAUCUGGUAGCGCAGAAGAGAUACGGAAUUUGGCGUGCCUGAUCGGUCUUUAACCGGGAAAAUGGAGUGGUGCAGUCUGAUCAUUCUAUGUGUGUCCUUUCAUAGAUUCUAAUGAGCCAGCUUGAUUGUUUUUUUGGAGCUUGUGGGGUUGUGUGUGCAUGGUCUUCGUAUGGUUGGAGUGUAGGGCGUCUUAUGCAAGUUACAGUUUGGUUUUGUCAGGUCUCGGUCCCUUCCGCAAGUGUCGCUACUCUGCGACGGGUUCUCGCUCAUGUUUUGUGUUUCUUCCUUGAAUUCCUUCCUUUUUGAAUGCAGCGAUUUUUUUUAUGGGAGUUAGAGUGUUGUGCUGUGUCCUGGUUGUUAUUCUAGUCAUGUGAGUUUGAUCGGAUUUGUAUUUGAAGUCUUCGAUGGAGUGCUCACUGUCGUCAACGCUUUGACGAUGUGCUUCUCGUGGUGAUUAGUAAAGUUUUAGGUUCUAACGUGGUUUUUGUCUUAUCGAUUCGAAUAGUUUGGUCUCCUCUUGUUCUUUCAGUUGCCAUUUUCAGUGUCGCGGAAUGAACUGAGCAGGACUGAUUACGGUUAUUUCUUGUCAGUGUCACCAAUUGUUUCUUUAUUUAAGAUACUUGUUGCAGAUGGAGGUUUAGGGUAGCUCAAAGAAAACCUUAGGCUCAGAGUGAGCAUAUAGUCUGAGAGGUUCCAACAUGCAGACUGAUGGGGUAGUUUCCUUGUGUCUGUCGGAAAGUAUUGCACCGCAGCCUCCAAUUCAGACUAGUUGAAGUUGGAGGAUAUAUGGUUUGUUUUAGGAUCCUCUACAAUUCCAGCCUUCAGUUAAACACUGACUGAACCUCAUAGUUGGGUUCUUUUAGAACCUCUUCGGAGAAUUUUCUGGAAGUUUGCACCUUUUCACGAAUAAUCCCAACAAGAGAGAGAACAUGGCUGUUACAGUCAGUAAGUUUAGUGCGAGGACCUUGACGCAAUUGGAGUCGCUGAUGAAUGGUAUGAAGAUUGUUGGAGAGGACGAAUCACAGAAAGUCGAAGCAGAGCUUAACACUUCCUCUGGUGAGUGGGAAAAGAAGGAAAAGAAGAGUAAACAUGAAGAUGCAGUUGAGGACGACGAUAGUGCAUCAGAUGUUGCGACUACCACAUGCGGUGAGAAGGAUAUGAAGGCGAUGAGUAAGGAAGUUGUAGCUACAGAUGAAACUGGAUCUUCGAAUGCUGAUUUUGAGAACUCUUCCUCGGACUUCGAGCAAAAGAAGCAUGUCUGUGAGCUCAGUGUGAUGCUUACAGAGGAACAGAAGUGGCCCGAGCGGGAUAUGUUUGAGGAAGUAAUAUCAGAGGACUUUGAAAAAAUAAUUAGUGUGGCAAGAAGUGAAGCCCACGUUCAUGGAAUACAUUCUGAAGAUCCCAAAAUUCAUGGCUUUCUGCAUGAGUCAUACCAGAUAAAGAACAAGGAUGUUGAAGCCAUAAGAGUUCCAAGAGCCUCUCGAACCAACACCAAAUAUGGUCUUGCGUUUGUGCGCCUCAAGCUUAAGAUUUGCCGUUUGCUAGUGUCGUAUCCUUCUCCACUUGGAUUCGGACGUCACUGUAAACUUGGAACUUCGUCAUUUGCGACGAAAUUAAUCCUCAACCUGGUUCGCGUUCACAAGGAGGACUUACACAAGACCAUUGCUUUCAACAACUCUGAGCAGGGUGUUGAAGCCAUUAAAAUCCCAAGAGGCUAUCAAACCAGCAUUAGAUAUUCUCAUGUGUUUAUACACUUCAGGACCAAGAUUAACCAUUCGUACGUGACUCAUCCUCGUCCACUUGGAGUUGAUCUUAACGUAGGACGUCACCGUAAAUCUGGAACUUUCUAUGCUGCUUCAAAGCCAGGCGCAUGCCCUGUUCAUAGGCAUGGCAAUGCAAGUGCCAACAGGCGAAACCCUUCAUUAUUCAAGAAGAGUCUACUUCCAGGGGAGGGCACACGAGCAGCCAAGGUAUUAGUUGGGAGACCAGGAAAGGGAGGUUUGGGACGCCAUGACCCAAGACAUAUUGCACAAUUAGGUGUGAUAACAAGGAGAGAUCUUGUUCUGCAGGGUCCUUCCAAUUGGGUACGACAGCAAGCAACAGCAGUUCAAUCCUGGUAGGAGACUAGUUCUUCCGGGGUGCAUUUGGGAUAACUGCAAACUGUCAGAUACAAGGAGUUGUCCGUCUUCGGCAUGCUAAGUUAUGAGUCAGGUUUGUGUGCAUCUUGGCAGGGAAACCUGUUCUGAUUGCAGUGAUGACAAAAGGGGAAAUGGAGAAAAUGGUCCAGAUUGUUUUUUAGAGGUUCACUCGUUAGGAUCCGUGCGUGGAGGUUUCAUCACGAGUUCGUGGUCAGUUCACUCCGAUUAGUACUGCAGCUUGAGAGCUGUGUGGUAAUAUUAGGCAGUCUGAUACUUACUUUUACGAGGGACACAUUCUUGCUAUAAUUGUAACACCAAUGCUUGUCCAAGAAUUAUCUAGUAAGAGUUGGUCAAGCUCAGGUUGUAUGAAUUUCUAGUCUAUCGAUUUUUGUGAAGAUUUCAAGGUGUGCUGGUAAGCGCGCCAUAUGAAUAGUUCGCAUGAGAUAUUAAUUACUAUUAAAUUUUUAUUUUAUUU